AUGCUCUACGUGAUUUUGAUCCUCCGUCUGGUCGAUUUGGGCACCUCCAUGUUGACAUCGUUGGACCUCUCCCCCUUCUUCUGGAUUCCGCUACUUGUUCACUAUGGUGGAUCGGUGGACUCGUUGGCCGGAGGUUUAUCCCAUGAAACCAUGUCCAGUGGGGACUGUGCCGGUGCCUUGGUUCAUGGUUGGAUCUCCAGGUUUGGAAUUCCGGAGAAAAUAACAACCGAUCGUGGGAGACAGUUUGAGUCUGCCCUUUGGCAUGAGCUUGGUCGGUUUCUUGGCUUCAAAUGCUCGCGUACCACCUCUUAUCACCCUCAAACGAAUGGCCUGGUGGAACGGUUUCAUCAAUCUUUAAAGGCAUCUCUCAUGGCCAAGCUGGGGAAUAUCAAUGAUUGGUACCAGGAACUUCCGUGGGUUUUGCUUGGGCUGCGUUCUGCUGUGAAGGAUGAUUUGGGUUAUUCGCCAGCUCAGGCGACCUAUGGAGAAUCUCUGAGAGUUCCAGGGCGGUUCUUUUCCACGGACCCUGUUCCUCCGGCUUCGGGAACGUUUGUCGCCGACAUCCGUUGCAGAAUUUCAAAAUUUCCUUUUGUGAAUCCCCGUCGACAUGGUUCUGUUUACCAUUCUCAUCUUCGUCCUUAUCUACAGUUGAUUUCGUGUUUUGUUCGUGUUGAUGCCUGUACUCCUCCUCUAACUCCACCUUAUGUGGGACCUUAUAAGAUCAUCGAACGUCACUCUGACUAUUUCGUGCUGGAUCUGAAUGGAAGGAUUGACACCGUGACGGUUGACAGGUUGAAGCCAGCUUUUCGGUCGGUUGACCUCCUUCCAGGCAUCUCGGAGCCUCGGGUGUCUAGGCGAGGACGCCUGAUUUAUGACCAAUUUCGUCAGUAA